UUACUGGCUGUCAGCAACUGCGGGCGUCCAGGCCGCAGGGGUCCCUCUGGCUCCCCUAGGGCAGUCUGGCUGGACCUGACACAGCCAGGUUCACGGUUGCUGAAUGUACCUGGGAAGGAAGAGGAGGAAGAACUGGGUGGCUCCCUAGGGCCAGAGCAAGCUCUAAGUCACCAGGAAGCCAGAAGGAAAUUCCUGACCAGCAUGGUUUCCCAGGGCUCCCCGACCUCCCUGCUGGAGGCCCUGAGCAGUGACUUUCUGGCCUGUAAAAUCUGCCUGGAGCAGCUGCACACACCCAAGACUCUGCCCUGCCUGCACACCUACUGCCAGGACUGCCUGGCCCAGCUGGCCAACAGCGGCUAUGUCCGUUGCCCUGAGUGCCGGGAGACAGUACCUGUGCCGCCUGCUGGCGUGGCUGCCUUCAAGACCAACUUCUUUGUCAAUGGGCUCCUGGACCUGGUAAAGGCCCGGGCUUGUGGGGACCUGCGUGCAGGGAAGCCUGCCUGUGCGCUGUGUCCACUGGUGGGGGGCACCAGUGCCGGGGGUCCAGCCACAGCCCGAUGCUUAGACUGUGCUGAUGACCUGUGCCAGGCCUGUGCUGACGGGCAUCGCUGCACUCGCCAGACCCACACACACCGUGUAGUAGACCUGGUGGGCUACAGGGCAGGGUGGUACGAUGAGGAAGCCCGGGAGCGCCAGGCGGCCCAGUGUCCCCAGCACCCUGGGGAGGCUCUGCGCUUCCUAUGCCAGCCUUGCUCCCAGCUGCUGUGCCGUGAGUGCCGCCUGGAUCCCCACCUGGACCACCCCUGCCUACCGUUGGCCGAAGCAGUGAGUGCCCGGAGACCUGGCCUGGAGGAGCUGCUGGCAGGCGUGGACAGCAACCUGGUAGAGCUGGAGACCACUCGGGUAGUGGAGAAGGAAGCCCUGGCUCGGCUGCGGGAGCAGGCCGCCAGGGUGGGGAUGCAGGUAGAGGAGGCAGCCGAAGGGGUCCUCCGGGCCCUGCUGGCCCAAAAGCAGGAGGUGCUAGGACAGCUGCGGGCCCAUGUGGAGGCUGCCGAGGAGGCUGCCCGGGAGAGGCUAGCCAAGCUGGAGGAUAAGGAGCAGGUGGCCAAGGCAGCGACUGCCUUUGCCCGGCGGGUGCUCAGCCUGGGGCGAGAGGCUGAGAUUCUCUCGCUGGAGGGGGCCAUCACCCAGAGACUCCAGCAGCUGCAGGGCUGUCCCUGGACCCCAGGGCCAACCCCCUGCCUACUGCCCCAGCUUGAGCUCCACCCUGGGCUCUUGGACAAGAACUGCCGUCUUCUUCAGCUGUCUUUUGAGGAGCAGCAGACAGAGAAGAAUGGUGGGAAAGAUGGAGUGGGUACUGAGAGGGAGCUUGAAAAUCAGAGCCAGCGAGAAGUUGGAGCUAAGCCAGAAGGGCAGAGUGGAGUCCAGCCCCAGGGUCGGGAAGGAACCAUAAGCCCCAAAGAGGAUAAAGCUCAGUUGCCCCAGGAAGAUUCAGGACCCCAGCUGGAGAGGGGUGGCAGAGCCAACAAGAAGAAGAAGUUUAAAGGCAGGUGCAAAUCCAUCUCCCGUGAGCCCAGCCCUGCCCUGGGGCCAAACCUGGAUGGCUCAGGCCUCCUCCCCAGGCCAAUCUUUUACUGUACCUUCCCCACGCGGAUGCCCGGAGACAGGCGUUCCCCUCGCAUCACUGGUCUCUGUCCCUAUGGCCCGCGGGAGAUCCUGGUAGCAGAUGAGCAGAACAGAGCGCUAAAACGCUUUUCCCUCAAUGGCGACUACAAAGGCACAAUGCCAAUCCCUGAGGGCUGCUCCCCAUGCAGCGUGGCUGCCCUCCAAAAUGCAGUGGCCUUCUCGGCAGGUGCAAGGCUGUAUCUUAUCAGCCCUGGUGGUGAGGUGCAGUGGCGCCGGGCCUUGAGCCUUGGCCAGGCAAGCCAUGCAGUGACUGCGCUGCCCAGCAGGGACCGGGUGGCUGUCAGUGUAGCAGGCCACGUGGAGGUGUACAACAUGGAAGGCAGCCUGGCUACCCGGUUCAUCCCUGGGGGCAAGGCCAGCCGGGGCCAGCGGGCACUGGUGUUCCUGACCACCAGCCCUCAGGGCAAUUUUGUGGGGUCUGAUUGGCAGCAGAAUAGUGUGGUGGUCUGUGAUGGGCUGGGCCAGGUGAUAGGGGAGUACAAGGGGCCUGGCCUGCAUGGCUGCCAGCCAGGGUCCCUGUCUGUGGAUAAGAAGGGCUACAUCUUUCUGACAAUCCGAGAGGUCAACAAGGUGGUGAUUCUGGACCCAAAGGGGUCACUUCUUGGCGAUUUCCUGACAGCCUUCCAUGGCUUGGAAAAGCCCCGGGUGACCACCAUGGUAGAUGGCAGGUAUCUGGUUGUGUCUCUAAGUAAUGGGACCAUCCACGUCUUUCGGGUCCGUUCGCCUGACAGUUAGAGAAGCCAGGGUGGGGGAGGGGUGGGGCAGGAUAUAUUGGUUUAGGGCAUUUCCUGGGGGGCAGGAGGUGGCAGUGUUUCAGCAUGAAAUACUGAACUACUAACCCCUUUUUUGAUGUGCAGGGGUGGGGACCAACUGUGAUAUGACCAUAGCUCCCGAAAGCAGUGGGGCAGAAGGUGCUGGAUGUCAGCUGAGCCUCUUGCUUUUUGUAUGCGGCUGUGUGCUGCUGUUGAGGCUACUGCUAUAUAGUUUAGAUUUCUGGGAUUUGUAAGUGUGUCUUGAUUUGCAUUCUUCAAAAUCAUUCCUAGCAGAGUAGCCAAGAGGGAGUCCUGGAGAGGCAGAUACCUGUUGUCCUCUGAGAUAGGAAUGACCUAGAGCCAGGCAUGGUGGCAGGGACCAGUAAUCCCAGCACGCUGGGAGGUUAAGGCAGGAGGAUCGUAAAUUGAA